AUGGAGUGCAGAACAUUUGAGAUAACCCUAAUCUCAGCCAACAACCUGGAGAAGCUGACGCGGCUGCUGCGGAUGAAGGUCUACGCCAAGGUGUCGAUCGGCGGCACGACGGAGAUCCACAAGCGGACCCCGACGGACCGGCACGGCGGCUCCAACCCGGCGUGGAACUUCACGGUGAAGUACACCUUGAACGAGCCCAUGGUACAACACUACGCCAACAUGCUGGUCGUCAAGCUCUUCAGCCGGAGGCGCCUCGCCUGCGACCGCUACGUCGGCGAAGUCCACACCUCCCUCAAGGAGCUCUUCGACAUCGCCGCGCCCAACGGCGGCAGCGCCAUCCUCACCUUUCCGGUGCAGAUAGGCAGCAUUAGUUCUCAGGGGGCGGUCAGGUUUUCUUACAGGUUUGGGGAGAAAGUCACCAUUGAUAAGAUGCUCUUAGCUGAGAGAGUUGCAGGCUGGUCGCAGUGUUGA